AAAUCUCAGGCAUGAAAUAAUAUUAAAGAAGAGUCUCGUAUCUAGCAGAGUUCGGCGGUAAAGUAAAAAGGGAUCAUAGCGCUGCGGAGUAUGUGCGCUUCGAGACGUUAUGUUUUAGUUUUACAUGGCAAUUUACAAUCUAUGUAAAGCAUGAAAGAGGGCUGUGCGCUUUCAUGCAAUUGCUGUAAAAGACAUCGCGAGAAGUGAGGUUAGGCGACACUAUCCCUUUGAGUCGCAUAACCAAAUGCUGUACAAAAGCUGUCUCGUUACGACAAACUACGUCAGCUGAUAGGAACGGAAAAAUAAAUAAGAGAAAGAUCGUUUCGGUGCUGAGCUACGCGGAAGAGAAUCAUCGCCAUGGCGGAAUUCGCGUUGGGCGAGCUCAGCGGCGAACAAACUGAAAAAGUUCUUCAGUUUCAGGAUCUAACUGGGAUCGAGGAUCUUUCCAUAUGUCGUGAUGUAUUACAAAGACACGAUUGGAAUUUGGAAAUUGCUGUGCAGGAACGAUUAAAUCUUUAUGAAGGCAGACCAUCGAUGUACGCCCAGGAUUCAAGAUCGCGACCACCACCAGUUGUCGAUGACACUGGUUCUCGAAUUUACUUUAGUCCAGCUGGAAGCUCUGGUGGUGCUGCUGGUGGUUUAUUAUCCUAUGUUUUUUCAAUGUGCUACCAUUUGGUCAGUGGUAUUUUACAACUCGUAUUGGCCAUAUUUAGAUCAAACGUUCGACCUGUAUCAUCCGAUCCAGUUCAAGAUGUCAUGAACUUUAUACGCUCCUAUGAGGAACGGUAUGGCACUAGUCAUCCAGUUUUCUAUCAAGGAUCAUACAGUCAAGCUCUCUCAGAUGCUAAACAAGAACUUAGAUUUUUACUUGUUUACUUGCACAAAGACGAAGCUCAAGAUAUUGAGCAGUGGUGCAGAAAUACUUUGGCUGAUCCCGAAGUUAUUCGUUACGUUAACACGCAUACGCUUUUUUGGGCGUGUAACGUUCAGUCCGGUGAAGGCUACAAAGUUGCAGAAGCACUGCGGUCUGGAAGUUAUCCAUUUCUGGCUCUUAUUGUUCUAAGGGACAAUCGUAUGACGAUAGUCGGCCGUAUGGAAGGUAUUCCGUCACCAACAGAACUCAUUUCCCGACUGCGCACUUUCAUUGAUAACAACGAAAUUAGCCUGAUUCAGGCACGACAAGAUAGGGCUGAACGUAGCGCAGCGCAAUCAUUGCGGCAACAACAAGAUCAAGCGUACGAGGAGUCAUUGAAAGCGGAUCAGGAAAAGGAUCGAAAGAGAGAGGAGGAACGAAGGGCGCGUGAGGAACAGGAAGCUAAGGAACGCGAGGUUAUCAAUGCACAGGAAAGGGAAAUUGAACGAAUCCGCGUGGAGAAAGAACUUACCAUUCGAAAGGUUCCUUCAGAACCUGAACCGUCGAAUCCCAGUGCGUGUCAUCUGCUAAUUAAAUUAGGUGAACGGACGGUCAAGCGAAGGUUUCUUCUUACCAAUACUAUUGAGGAUGUAUACCACUGGAUAUUUAGCCAACCGGACUCACCGACCAACUUUGAAAUCACCACUAGCUAUCCGAAAAGGGUUCUUUACCCAAUAGACGAGAUCCAGACACUAUUGCAAGCCGGCCUGACAUACCGGGAGGUCCUCCACGUUAAUGAUUUGGAUGACUAACUCGUCGCUGCCCACAGUUCGCGUGUCAUUCCCAAUAGCGAUGAUACCGUCAAAAGAGACAUUUAUUCAAAGAUAAUAAUAUAUAUUUGAUACAUUCUAGUAUUUUACGUGCGGCACAUAGCCGGCAACUGAAAGAAUUCGCUCUAGGAGUGAGAAUUCAUCGGAACCGGCGACUUUACACAGUCUUUCUUCACUCGGAAUUUAUUUGCUUUUUGCCUUUUCAUAAAAAUUCCUAUUAUAUUAACGGUAGAACACGAAGACUAAUAGUUAGGCUCAUGAUCAAUAUCAUCGUUUGAUUACACCGAGUAGGUUGCCAGUUAAUUAUAUAAUUCAUAUCGUUCCUCAGAGAGAAGAGCAAAUGUAUAAUUAAGGUAUAAUGCUGGAAAUCCAUGAAAUGUAUUCCAUGUUAAAACAGUUAGAUUGCUAUGAUAAAACGUAUUUCGUAAAAUUACGUACAGAUACUUGAUGAAAAAUGACAGGGCAUAUACAAAAGUCAUUGUAACGUUUCUUUUUCGAUGGAAUGAUUUUGCAGUUAAAAAAAUUGUUUUAUUGCGCUUAAUUACUUAUAUUACUCUAAAGUACAAUGAAUUUGUGGGGAUAUAUAUGUAUAUAUAUUCCCUAGAAGACAGUCCUAAGGCGUAUCUAAAUUCCUAAGCAUGCACCUGAUACACUUAAUAACAAAUAUGUCCGCAGAUAACAUUAAAAUAAAGAUGUUCUGCGUGAUUAUUGUGAAAUUCAUUAUUUGGCUGUAGUAUAUCAUCGAUUACACAAUACCAGCCAACAUUUAAGAAUUACACUGAUGAGCACCUCGUGUUCUAACGUUAAACAUUAUUAAAAUCUGCACAUAUUUAGGAUGAUAAAAAAAUGGAACGCGAAACGUUCUGGACAGAGUAUAAUGGACCAGUAAUAUCGCGAAUAUUAAAAUUAUUUAUGUAAGAAUUCUGUGUAAUCGACAUUAUCGUCUGACGUCAGAGUAUUUACGUUAAAUUUUUGCAAUAUGGAAUUUACGUCAGACUGAAAAAAAUGAUUAUGAAACUAUUUAGUUCAAUUCUUAGUAAAUCAUAAAAGUUUAAUAUAUCCAUCCAAUUUGUUGUCUGGGUCAUCUAAAUAGAUACCGCUGUUUUUAUUUUUAUUUUGUACUCGUAAUAGCACUUCAAAUUACUUUUACCGGAAGUCUGUUCCGUAGGUCGUCGGUUUCGCAAUAUUCGCGAAAUAAUGCGGCAGCGCGUCUCGGAUGCAAUCUUUAGCAUUUAUAUGUAUAAAUCUUAAGACGUAGCCAUAACGCUAAUGUUACGUGAAUGAGGUUGAGGCAAGUCGAAUAUUAUGAAAAUCAUGAUUUUCAAAAUUAAUAUUUAUCCGUUUUGAGAUUUCUCAAUAUUUCAACGUUAAGAAUUAUAUUGAGUAUCGUCUCUGCUAUUACCGAAGUAAGAUGAGUAACUGAAGGAAUCUUAAUAUAGACCCAUUUAACCAUUUAUAUUUCGUUAAAAAAAACUUUUAAUGAAGAACUUGCCCUGCCAUCAUUCUUGGAAGUCGUCUCCUUCCACUUUUCUCCUGAAAAUUUUUCUUAAUUUGCUGUAUAUGUAUAUACACAUCUGGACGCACGGCGUGUAAUUUACUUUACCCGUGUGUCGAAAUAAGUAGAUUAUCUUUUUGGCGUUUCGCGAUAACAUACCAUCUAAUACGUUGUAUUAAAUACUUGGGAAAUCGAAUUUGUACGUUUAAAGAUGCUGUACAUCAAUAAAUCCCGUGUCACUCGA